UGGAAUCAUAAAGCAUUUAAUGAUGGAUAUAGUGAUAUGGUACAUGUGCAAUGAAGUGUGUAUUGUCUUUAACAUCAGUACACACUACAAGGACGCAACAUUUUGUUAUUUUUUGUUGCUUGGUCGCUUUUUACGUUCGUGCACGGUCACACUCGGUUCUAUCUACAAGAAUGGAAGCAAGACAUGUAACCCGCGACGGCGGGAGACCCUGGACACAAAGACACGUAAAGCGGCGUCAUGUCGCAAAAUCGAAAGAGAAAUGCGAGCCUACAUGUCAACGCAUCCUUUUCUUUUGCUGAUGCCUUCAGUGACAAUCUACAAUGUAAAUAGUCACGAAAAUAAAGAAAACGCAUUGAAUGAGGAGAAGGUGUGUCCAAACAUUUGGCCUGACCGGCCCCACGCAGCCAGGCCGGCCAGCGACAGGAACCCCAGAGCCCGGCCCACCGUGCCGCCCGUAAGAGCCAGCAGCAGGCCGCAGACAGACGCACCCGGCAGAGGACAAGGCACGAGAGAAGCAGGGGACAGCCAGACCUCAAGCCAGCGAGAGACCACACCCCACACGGGCAGAAAGGCUGGACACCCGCCCGGGGGGGCCCAGAGACUCCCCGCAACCGGACGGGAAGACCGCCCCCGCCCCACCAGCAACCGGGCCACCACGAGCCAACCCCCCACCCCCGGAGAGCACGGCGCGGCCCACCCCCGGCCACCCCACCCAAGCCGACCAACGCAGGACCGCCCAGCACGGGGCCACGGGAACCACCCACCCCACCCGCAGGGACCCCAACGAUGGAGAUGGAACAACCAGCAACCACCCUGCCGAGUUACCCCCCGAGGGAGGGGAAAAAUAAAAAAUGAUAUUAAUAAAAUAUAUAAAAAAAUCAAUAAAUCAAUACAUUAAUAAAUAAUAAUAAUAAUUAUUAUUAUAUAUUUAAAAAAUAAAUAAAAAAAGAAUUAAAAGAAGAUCACAGACAUGCUGACACACAAGGUCACUACCCCAGCAGCUGGCCGACUCGCAGCACCUCGGAAUACCUUGCAGCACCAAGCUACCACAAUAGAUGCGGGGACUAGACCCAGCAGGCCACAACCAAGACGGGCACCCGGAAGGGAUGGACGGUGGACCCAGGAGCUCCAGAAACGCAGUCCGGAUUCACAGUCACACACACACACACACACACACACACACACACACACACAACAACAACAAACUUUCUUUAAAACAUUUAUUCAGCAUUUUUUAACUUUAGAAAGUUAUAUGGUUGAAACCGAUACUGAUGCCAAAA